CGGAGGCGCACCGAGCAAAGCAGAACGAUGAAAUGCUCCCAUCGAGGAGAACACAGAUGGACAGCUUAGUUCAGCCGCUCGUCGCCCAGUACCUCGCCAUGGGAUGUCAAUCAAAAGAAAACAGCCAAAAUGAAAAUGUAACGACUGACGAAAAGAGAAAGGACGAUGCGAGAGUGACUCCAGGAUGCAGCUCCAGGUCUAGAGUUUCUCCACCAGGCCGUCCUCACAGGUUCCACAAACCCAGUUCAGCCCAGACCACCCCUGGUAAAUCCAUGAUGUCCCUGGGACCCCUCACCAAGGGGGCAAGCUGGGAGGAGCUCAUCCAGGCCUGUUUACGGGUCUUCGACUCAGAUGGUUGUGUAUGUGCGAACAGCCACUUGUUGAACAUCACCCUGACCAUGCACCGACUCCUCAUCUCCUCCAGUGAUCUGCUGGAAAGACUGAUCACUCUAUUUAAAACAGCAAUGGACAAUGAGCAGCCAACAGAGUGCCAGAGGAUAUGCUACCUCAUCAAGCAUUGGAUCCAGGAAUUCUGGGUGAUGUUCCGGUUACACCACAGCUUGUCAGACAGCCUGGACCAGUUCCGGGAGCUGAUCAGAGAGCAGGGACAGGAGCAUCUCUGCUCUCUGCUAGAGACCAAAUGGAUAAAUGAGCGGGACUGGUCGUGGAAGGCCAGCCAGAAGAUCAAAGCUCACAACAGUAAAAAGAGGAAAGUCUCUCUUCUUUUUGACCACCUGGAGCCCAUUGAGUUGGCUGAGCAUCUCACCUUCUUGGAGUUUAAAUCCUUUUGUAGGAUAACAUUUGCAGACUAUCAAAAUUACAUUCGCAGCUGCUGCAUGAAGGACAUCCCUGUUAUGGAGCGUUCCAUCGCCCUGUGUAAUGGUAUCUCCCAGUGGGUUCAGUUGAUGGUGCUGAGCAGACCCACAGCUCAGCUGAGAGCUGAAGUUUUUACCAAGUUUAUCCACGUGGCACAGAGUCUACAUCUUAUGCACAACUACAACACGCUAAUGGCUGUGGUGGGAGGCCUUUGUCAUAGCUCCAUCUCCAGACUGAAGGACACCACCUCACAUGUGCCCAGUGAGGUCACCAAGGUACUGAAUGAGAUGACAGACCUGCUGUCCUCCUGCAGAAACUAUGACAACUAUAGACAAGCUUACAACAGGUGUACAGGUUUUAAAAUCCCUAUCCUUGGCGUCCACCUUAAGGACCUGAUUUCAGUCAAUGAGGCCAUGUCAGACUAUGUGGAAGACAACAAAGUGAAUGUCCAGAAGCUCCAGUCACUCUACAGCCACAUUAAUGAGCUGAUCCAGCUCCAGCAGAUCCCACCCAGGCUGGAUGCUAACAAGGACUUGGUCCAUCUGUUGACGCUGUCAUUGGACCUUUACUAUACUGAGGACGAGAUCUAUGAACUGUCUUACACUCGGGAACCCAAGAACUGUAAAGCUCCUCCAGCCACGCCCUCUAGACCUCCAGUGGUUGUGGACUGGGCACCAGGAGUGGCUCCUAAACCUGACCCCCGAACCAUCAGCAAACAUGUGCAGAGAAUGGUGGAUUCCGUGUUUAAAAACUACGAUCACGACGAGAACGGCUUCAUUUCUCAAGAGGACUUUGAGAAAAUUGCUGCUAGCUUUCCUUUUUCCUUCUGUGUCAUGGACAAAGAGAAGGAAGGCCUUGUCAGCAGAGAGGAGAUCACAGCCUAUUUUAUGCGGGCAAGUGUUAUCUGCUCCAAACUGGGUCUGGGCUUUGUCCAUAACUUCCAGGAGACCACAUACAUGAAACCCACCUUCUGUGACAACUGCGCAGGAUUUUUGUGGGGUGUCAUCAAGCAAGGCUACAGGUGCAGAGACUGCGGGAUGAACUGCCAUAAGCUGUGCAAGGACCAGGUGGCAUUUGAGUGCAAGAAGAACACCAAAAUGGCCACAGACAGUCCAACACCGAGCUCCACGACUGUGACGACGGGCACUUCAGAGGGUUCAGACGAAUGUCCUUUCACCUACGCCUCAGAUGACAGCAAAGACUGGAGCCCAGACUCUCCAGUCACCUCACAUUUGAGGACACGGAAGGUCCACAGUGGCACACAGACAGAAGGACCCCAACUAUUUUCUGCAGCCCCUGAGGCCAGUCGCCCUCAGCCUGCUUUGCUUGUCCCAACGUCUCCUGCUCUCUCCUCGUGUCCCAGCCCGGUGCCCCAGAGAAAGGUGCGACACUGUGUCAAGUGGGAAAACAGAGCUUCUGUUGUGCAAAAGCCCAAAGAGCCAGAUGAAGAGAGCAAACCUGUCUAUGAAUCUCUGGAAGUGGACAACCAGAGGCUCUGUAAAGACAACGAGACACUACGUAGGAAGCUGAAGGAGACUGAACGGGAGGUGGAAGUUUUAAGGACAUUGCUGAGAAGGCAUGCUCUCCACCGUGUGGAGGACUCCUCCUCCUCCUAGACACAUUCAUAUGCUGGAGCUGCCCUGUAUGGCAGUGUGUAUAAAUCUGGAUCCAACUUAUUGCUCAUGAACAGUGCAAAUAUUUUAUCAGGUUAAUGACACCCUGACAUUUUGGCAUUACUAAGGCGGGAUAAAACUCACCUAGACACUCAGUGUGUCACCAAUAAUGAGGUGAGGGUCCUUUUUGAGGUGAGUAUGGAUUUAUUUAAGUAAAACAGCAGCAGUGAAUUCUUUUGUCUGUUAUUAAUACAGUAAAAAUCGAUUUUUACUAGAUGAUUUUUAAAAGGAAUGACAAUGGAAAUGAUUUCAUAUUGUGAAAUGCUAAGAAAGUCAAUUUAG